AUGUCGGGCAGAGGAGAGAAUGCAAAACCUGUUAAGGUGGUGAUCAUAAACACAGAAUACGUCCAAACCGAUGCGGCCAGCUUCAAAUCCGUCGUCCAGAAGCUGACGGGCAAGGAUUCCACAGUUGCCCUUUCCCCAAAGUCGGCAGACAACCUCUUCCACAACUCUUUCGAAGGAUGCAGACAAAGAGCCACGCCGGAAAGGAGCCGAAUUGAGCCGGUUCAGCAAGCAAAUGCGUCCUUGUGCAGGGACGAAUCGUUCAACAGAUGGAUGAAGGAGAUGCCUCCUCCGGAUGAGCUGCACCAGCUAUGGCCGUGGGCUGAAUCCUAG